CAGACAGCAGUGAUAGGAUGUGCAAGAAGUGAAGCUCCUUGUGUUUUAUGUGGACGAGCUGGAGAGCAGAAUGACCAGGCAACCAUGCAGGUAGGUGUUGUUUUGAAUCAGCCGCUCUCUUCUUGGGAGAACUUCCUGUAAUUAUUCACUGGUUCAGUAAUCACCAAGAUUGGGGUUUGGCUUCAUAUGAGCUUCAUAUACUUUCAUUUAUAUCAUUUUUAUUCACCUUCAUCUGCCUUAUUUAAAAACGUUUCUCUUUAUUUGGCUCCACCUAUGUUCAGUCACUGUGAUCUUCCUUCUUCAUUUAUUAUUUUUACCUUCAUCAGCCUUUACUUCAUUUCAUUCACUUUUAUUUAUUUUGGGUUUAUCUACAUUUCAUAUUCAUUUAUCUUCAUCACAGCACCCCUUUCAACACACUGUUAUCUUUAUCUGGCCUUCUUUAACUUUCUGAAAAUGUAACUUCAUAUUUGUAAACCUCCAUUCAUUGUUGUCUAUGUUUAGUGACCUUCAUGUAUUUUCAUGUGUAUUGACACAACUUAAUUAACCUAUAUCAUUGUUCUGUUGUCUUUACAUUGUAUCUUCCUUCCUCUGUAUUUUACUUAUUUUCAUAUUGUUUAGUCAAAAUUAAUGGUCUGCCUCGAUAUCAAUCUCUUUAGUUCUUCCUGCCUUUAUCAACAGUUCCCCUCAAAAAUAAAACAUUCACCUCCCUCUUGUUCUUGAGAGAUGAAAGUGGCAUCUUGAGAAAAAAUCUUGCCAUUGAGCGAGGUUUUUCCUUGUUUUGAUUGUAAUCCUUUCAAUAUAUUUAUAAUAACUGUUUGUAACAGUAUUGUUCUUAAUACUUGGAUUUCUGGGGCAAAGGUGAUAACACACUCACAACAUGCUUCCACUUGAAAACAAAAGAAAUUGACUUUAACGGCCUACAAAGCACACUAGAGACACCAUGGUCAAGCGUGCAACUUAGUGUGCUACAUUGCAUGCAAACUUACCUGAUGAGAAGCGAAAGUAAUGCAAUCAUCGUAAGUCAUUCUUUAUGUGAAAGCCAAAGCUCCUAUCAGUAGAUAAUGGUCAUCUUCAUGAUCAGAAAAACAAAGCUGAAACAUUUCCUACAAACGAGUCAAUUUUUGGUUUUUGUGGAGCCUGUUUUUUUCCAAACAUCACAAACGUAUUUCUUUUAGCUUUUUUUUAGGGCACCUUCAAGUUCAAGGUUGAAAUAAUACUGAACAAAUUAAUUUCCUCGACCGCAUAACACAAGCUAGCAAAAUGCAGACUGAGAAGAAAAAUAGUUUUCUUUUUUCUUGCCAAUAUAAUAACUUACGUAUUGUCACGCAAUCUCCAUUCCAAGGUCAUCUUCCCCCGGCAUCUGUCACAGAAAUUCAGGAAGCAUGUUUUUGUUCUCGAAAUGAGUCAAAAACAUUAUAUAUUUACAAAAGUGACCUGUUGAAAUCCUGACAUCAUUACUUGUUUGAAGCCUUUACAGCUGUGUUUUAACUUAAGCACAUGAUGUUACGAUGGUUAAAGUAAGUACAGGUUAGACAAAUCACUGUUUUAUAACCGAACAAGCUAUAGCGCAAUGCUUUGUGUAAAAAGUUGUGACGUAAAGCACAAUAUUCUGAAAGCAUCUUUCACUAUUUUGUGUGAACAGUAACUAGAGUACAAAAUGUGACAGAAAAAAUCUUUAUGCUAUCUGUAGUCAUUCAAGCCUUAAAAAUGUUGGUUAUGUUCCUCUGUACACCUUUUGCAAAUUGUUGUAUAGACAGUGACUGGGCUUUAGAAAUCACUUUGCAUAGCUUAUCAGCCAGACAGGUUCCACCCUGUGCAGAUUUCACCUGAUCACCGAAGUGUCUGUAAUAAUGAGGUUAAGUUUAUCUGAAUUUACUCUCUGGGGCUGAGAUUUAGUGUCUGUUGUCCGUAUUAGAGAGAGUCUAUAAUAUCUAGAGGCUUUCUGUAAAGAAAAUAUGAGAAUUUUAUGGGGACAUUGAAACUGUCUGUAUUAGAGAGGUCUCUGUACCGAUAGGUUCGACUGCACCUUAAAAAACAGUAAUUCAUCAAAAUCGCGAAAUUUAAGUUGCCCGAAAAUAAGUGAUAAUAAGGUAGUCUGCAGUCUGCAAUUUGUACUGACCGAAAACGCUAACUUCGGUUGUUGCAGUCCAAUGCGAGUGAAAUUUGCAUGUCACGCGUAAUUUGAAACCUCUUGCUUUUACACACAUCAAAAGUUUUUUUUUAAAUACAUACAACAGUAACCUAACCUUUUCUAAAGGCAGCUAAAAGCAAGGAGAAACAGUCAUGAUUUUAAUACCGAAGGUUUCUUAAGACUUAAAUUCAUUUGAGAUCAUUUUUAGACAAGAAACUUAAUGGAAGUCAGAGAAGCGAAUUUCAAGUACUUGUUUGUUUACUUUUCUUCUCCGAAAAUUUUUUGGGGCCUACAGCUGGCAAUCAACAGUUUUAUCUUCACUGCAAAAGCACAGAAUGAGCAGGGAAUUUUGUUGUUUGUUCACUGGAA